AUGUUGGAAGCUCCGCGGCUUUUUAAUGUCGGCAUUGUACAUGGAUAUCCUGAGUUGGUGAGGGCGACGCCCAAUCCUAUUGUGGGCAGCAGCCCUGGAUGGGUCAAUGGCACAUCUAGCCAGCGCGCGGUUCUUGGUAAUGCACCAGAAAAGGCGAAGGUUGCAAGUGGCGUCAAUGGUCACUGGCGAGGUCUUGGCGAUUUCUUCCGGGUGAACACAAGCAAUUACGUCAAGAGGAUCCUCGUGUAUCCAUCACCCGCAUUCCGCAUAAGCGUUUGGGCUGAGGUCCCAGUAAUCGAGACCCUGAUUUCGGAUCAUUUGGUAUCCUUGCGUCAAGAUAGAUGGGGAGACGGGUCCAAGAGCAGCGACGGUGUCACUAUGAAAAUGUGA